UUAACAACAACAAUUAGUUGAAGUGAGAUUUUUAUACCAAUUGAUUUUCCUCUUUAAUUUGAAUUUGAAAUUAUGUUUAAUUUGUGUUGAAAUUUGGUCUCAUCUCAUAAUCAUACAAUUAGAAAACAGGGGAAAAUGGUUCAUAUAAUUGUCGAGGGAAAUAUUGGUGUCGGAAAAACAACUUUGCUCGAAACGAUGAGGGAACUCUAUGGAUCCAAGGUAAGAGUAUUUUCGGAACCAAUUAAGAAAUGGCAAUGUUACCAUGGAGAUAAUUUAUUAUCGGCCAUGUACAAUGACCCGAAACGCUGGUCAUUUACGUUUCAAAAGGCGAUCAGUUUGUCUCUAAUUAAGAUGCACGAUGAAGCGUCUAAAAUUCAAGAUGCUCAUGUGAUCUCAGAGAGAUCGAUCUUUGGUGCGAAGCAAAUAUUUGUCGAACAUUUGAAGAACAAAGGAUUUUUGUCCAAAGUCGAAUAUGGAAUUUUAGAAGAAGAUUUCAAUUUCUUGAUCAGUUCAUGGAAAUUGGCUCCUGAGAUUAUCGUUUACAUGAGAGCGUCACCCGAAGUUUGCUACAAGCGUAUUCAGGAUAGAGGAAGAGUCGAAGAGAAGAAAAUUACUUUGGAUUAUCUCAAAGGUCUUCAUGAACUUCAUGAACGCUGGUUGUCACCUUCAUGUAAUCAUUGUCAUAAUGAUAUUAUCGCUUCUAAAAGUACAAUUGUCAUCGAUGCUAAUCAACCCAAAGAAAAGAUAAUUGCUCAGCUAAGAGCAAAUGAGAAUCGCUUAUUUGGAGUAUAAUUAACUAAUUAUCGAUUGGCUGAUAAUCAACAACAACAACAACAACAACAACACCAAUGAUUAUCUUUGGAAACGAAGUAACAAAAAUCCAUUUGAUAAAUUAACUAAAUUGUUUCAUCUGAGAAUUAAUUUUAUCCACAAUUUAUUAUUAUUAUUCUUAUUAUUAUAUUAUCAACAUUUACUUUGGUUUCAGUGAUUUACCUUUGAUUCAUUUUCUCUUUCAGUCUUGAUACAAUCAACAAUCAGUUAAUCAUCAAAUCUUUUAAUUGUAUUUGGACCAAACAAUAAAAACAAAAAUUGAUUUAAA